GGGUGUUUGGGACGUAGCCCAUUUUUAGACGCUCAAGUCUGGACGGUGUUUUAACUUUUUUGCUAGCUACUCCUCCCGGAAGCAGUUAGCGCGCUGUGUCUGAACUUACUUAAGCAGCAACGCUACUUUUCUGAACUACGUAGCUACGUUUUGUCGUAAACGUCCGCUGCGUCGGAAACGGCGACUCGAAGUUGGAAACACGAGAAAAGACUUUUCGUCGAGUUUCGCUGGUUUACUUUGUCAUGAAAUUGGUUUGAGUGUAGUUAGAGAGGCUCCCUCCUACGCUCUCCUCCCUUCAGCUUCCUGGAGACCAAUCUGAACACUUUUAGUCAGACACUUUUCCGUGUCUAGCGUUACUAGGAGCCCAGUUUCCCAGGUGGGAAGCGCUCACUCGUUCACUUAAGUUUCUCCUUCACCAUGGCAGGAAGAUGGCCGGGCACGGGCGGGCGCUAAAUGGAUUUGGAUUAGCACUUCUUGCUGUGUAAAACCCAGAGAAGACUCUGUGAUUUGACCUGGAUUUCUUUCUCCUUCGGUGCUAGCCUAAUCUAGCUGUAGCAGUUAGCUAAUCUAAUCGGGUAAAUCCUCCUCCUGCCUGAACUGCACUGCGCCCUGAUCAACGCUUCGCCCUCAGUUCCUCAGUUCCAGCUCCGAGCCGCUGUCCGUCUGUCUGUCUGUCUGUCUGUCUACGCGGAGAUGAUGAUGAUGAGCCCUCAGCCCGUUUUCAGUUUGUCACUCAGGCUGUAAAUUCCGGGUUAGUUGGCACCGUUUCUACUCGCACUUCAUUCCUGUUUCAUGUGAGCAGCUCUGUCUCUGGAAGUGGGCGAACUUCUGAACUUCUCAUGGAGUUGAACUCGGGCAGCUCGGGCUGAAAGUAAGUGGGCCGCUCGCUCUCUUGGAGCCGGCAGGAGAGGAGGAGGAGAGGAGAGAGGCACUAUGGCAUUAAGGGGGCGAAGGAGCCGCUCAAAGUUACUGCUCUGCAUUCUCGGAGCCUCGGUGUUUGUGUACUUCGUAUUUCACAGAAACAGCCCUUCAGGCGAGGUCAGUCGAGCAAACCGACGAGGGGUGUCAGACGACGGCAGCAUCGACGUGGAGGACCCUGAGUCUCUGAAGAGACCCGUCUACGAGAAGCCUCCGUUAGAUUUAAAUGCGCUGGGAGAGAUGGGCAGAGCCGUUAAACUAGACCUGACGGGAGAGGAGAAGAUAAAAGAGGAGGAGAGCAUUAAAAAACACCAGAUAAACACGUACGUUAGCGACAGAAUCUCUCUGCACCGCAGGCUGCCUGAGAGAUGGAACCCGCUAUGCAAAAAUCUGAAAUAUGAUUACCGGAGCUUGCCCUCCACCUCAGUGGUGAUUGCCUUCUACAACGAGGCCUGGUCCACUCUACUACGCACAGUGCACAGUGUACUAGAGACGUCACCUGACCUACUGCUUACAGAGGUGAUUCUGGUGGAUGACUACAGCGACAGAGAACAUUUGAAGCAGCCUCUGGAGGACUACAUAGCCAGCCUGAGGAAAGUUCGUUUGAUCCGAGCCAGGAAGAGAGAGGGGCUGGUCAGAGCUCGGCUCUUGGGUGCCUCCAGCGCCACGGGCGAAGUGCUGACUUUCCUCGACUGUCACUGUGAAUGUCAUGAGGGCUGGCUGGAGCCCCUGCUUCAUAGAAUAAAGGAGGAACCCUCUGCCGUUGUAUGCCCAGUAAUAGACGUAAUUGACUGGAACACUUUCCAGUACUUAGGGAACCCAGGAGAACCUCAGAUUGGGGGCUUUGACUGGCGCCUGGUUUUCACUUGGCACACUGUUCCUGAAUACGAGCAAAAACGAAGGCACUCCCCUACCGAUGUCAUCAGAUCUCCGACCAUGGCUGGUGGCCUAUUUGCAGUCAGCAAGAAGUAUUUCCAUUACCUGGGCACGUACGACACAGGAAUGGAGGUUUGGGGAGGAGAGAACCUUGAGUUUUCUUUCAGAAUCUGGCAAUGUGGAGGAAGUUUGGAGAUCCACCCCUGCUCUCAUGUGGGUCACGUCUUUCCUAAGAAGGCUCCCUACUCGCGCAGCAAGGCUCUCGCCAAUAGUGUACGGGCAGCAGAGGUCUGGAUGGAUGGUUACAAGGAACUGUACUACCACCGCAACCCCCAUGCACGCCUGGAGGCGUAUGGUGAUGUGACGGACAGACGGAAACUGAGGAUGCGUCUAAACUGUAAGGACUUCAAGUGGUACCUGGAGAACGUCUAUCCUGACAUCCAUGUCCCAGAGGAUCAGCCUGGCAGGUUUGGAAUGUUAAAGAAUCGAGGGAUGACCAACUAUUGCUUUGACUACAAUCCACCUGAUGAGCAUAAUGUGGCGGGCCACAGAAUCAUUCUGUAUCCGUGUCAUGGCAUGGGCCAAAACCAGUUCUUCGAGUACUCCUCAGACAACGAGAUCCGGUACAACACAAGGGAACCUGCCGGCUGUGCCGCGGCUGACCCAGUCUCCACCUUCCUCACCAUCGGCCUAUGCAGAAAACCCCGAGAGACAGUGCCUGAAGAUCAGAAAUUUGUGCUCAAAGAGGAUGGCACUCUGUACCAUGUCCAAACUCAGAAGUGUGUCGAAGCUGUGGAGAAAACGGACAACGGCAACCCUGGUCCUGCUCUGCGGCCUUGCACUAUCUCAGCGUACCAGCGGUGGUUCUUCGAGGAGAGAGCGUAACAGAAAGAAACCUUCCAGAAGCUUCUAGCACUUUCCCUGCAGUUUAGCUGCGCUAGAGUCAGGUUUGAAAGGGCAUUGUACAAAAAGGCAGUUCUGUCACACUCAACAAAUAUUCAUUCAUAUACAUGCCCCAGUAUGUAUGACUUCCUUUCAGUCACUCUGCUGUAUUUGGUGCUCUUUUCAUAUGAGUGUAGUUCUGGAAUUGCAGACAGUUGUAAGGAAGGGAGGGGCAGACUUUUCUAAAUUUUUUAAAGAACUAUUCUAUCAUAGCGGAAGAGCUGAAUAUGUGAACUGAAUCAGUGCUGGUUUUUGACUCAUUUCAGUGCAAACAUGUUUUGAUCUUGAGCUCAGAUUAUUAUUUUGAACCACUGUGUAUGUUUCAGUCAGUGUUACUGGCUGAAACAUACGCAGCACAUUCUAAACAUCAGUUUUGUCCAGACUUCACUGCUGUAACUGAAAAUGCAGACUGGCAUUUAGAAUAACACAAGCUGGUCAUUUGUGUUAAUCAUCUUUACUGUGAGCUCUUUGGUGUCUGUAUAUUUAAAGGAGCUCUGCUUGCUCAUAUCUAAAACUCACCUUCACUAUUUACUUCGUCAUCGAAGUUACCUCUUCGGGCAGCUGGAGCGCUCCCCACCCCUCCAUUCCCCUCACUCCCAGCAGGCUGUGGUGUGCAUUUUUGGUUUAUUAUUGAGAUAAACAGCCACAGUGAUAUACACAGUGGCAUUGCUGCAGUUAUCAUUAUGAACCACUUGAUGGUGCCAACUCCUCCAUUUUCUCCUACAUAUCCUUCUGCCACGUCCUCCAUGUUCUCUCCUCAGCUAACGCUGAGCAUUUACAUGACCCGCGUUCCAAUUACAGUAGUUCACAUUGCUGGUCUUAGCAGUGCAGAAGCAUUUAAAGUUCAGGAUCAAGAUUAAUCAUGAUGCUGACAUUUAAAAGCACACAUUAGCCUACCUCUUAUAGUCAUGCACCUGCUGAUGGGGACAUAGAAAAUGGUUGGCUUCAAAAUGGGACCAUGUUUUGAAGAAAUAUCAAGAGCUGAAGGGACUUUCUGUAGAUACUAGGUAAUCAUAUUAAUCAUAUUGUUUUUUACUUUCUCUUUCUCAUGCGCUCCAUCAUAUUAACCUUUGUAGACUGUUUGGACAUAAACCUCUUUAGAUCUUUCAGAUUGUUACUGAGUAUUCAGUCAUUGAGAGUGAGAGAUCAUUUCACUUUGAUGCUAAUUUUUCACAAUGCAUACAUUAACAAAUUAAUAGACAGAAAUCAGUGUCCUAAAUUAUUUAUUAUUACUGUUUAUUACUAUAAUAACUGAUGUUUUUUGUGCAGCGAGGAACUGCACUAUUUUUUAUGUAAUUUAUCGUUUUUUUCACUGAUGUAAGUGCCUUACUUUGUGUUACACAAGACACAAAUCUUUCUCAGUGGUCUGAGAGAUGAAACGUUGCUUUUUAACAUUCUUUGAUGAAGUUAAAAUGUGUUUCUCAUUUGCUGUGACAUGGAUGAGUUUACAGAUGAGGUUUUGGGUGAGCAGAACGGAGUCUGUUCAUUCUCUGCAUUUCACCUAAUGUUGAUUGAGCCGAGAGCAUGUGACAUUGACAAAAUACUGCACAGAUGUUCAUGGAACUUCUGCAGAUAAGCAGGAGGUUGUCUGAUUGAUUAUCUGUGGAUUUACACUGGAGCCUAUUGUGUCAGUGAUGGGGGAGCUUCCCCUGUCAGAGCCUCAAAAUGCUAGAGUGCAGAGAAUGGAUUGACUGGUGAGGAGAAAAUAAACCUGUGGACAGUUUCCACUGAUGCUCAUGAGUCUCCAAGAAACCAAUUAUGAUCUGAAUAAUUGAAAUCCAUUCUGCUUCGUAAAUAUUAACUUUGUGUCAUCCACAAACUGGAAAAUGUAUACAGUAUCCACUACAUGAAAAAGCUAUACAGCUCUGCAAAAACAUCUUUUUUAUCAAACAUACUAUGAAGUAUUGUAACAUCAGAAAAAAAUGUACUAAAAAUCCCAUUUUCAUUUAAAAGUACUGGCCAUUGUUAACUGGUUCACUAAGGGCUAUGAAUAAUUCAUAUAUCUGCGGUGUGUUUUUGACCCACUGGUAUAUGCACUUUAUUUGUGUAGCAAUAUCGCGGCAGAAGCAUUAACUGAAAGGAGCAAUUACAGUGGGUUUCAGAAGUCUGGACCACAAGCGGAAAUGCUUCUAUAUUGCAUGCUUUUCUACUUCAAUACGAAGUUUUUCAUUACAAGCGAUGCUAUCAGUAUAACAGUUUGAGUGAAAAGUUGAAGUCUUUUGAAGUGUUUACAUGAAUUUCAGAAUUUCUUCUGAAGUAUUUGUCUGCUUUUUGCUUUAAUGACAGCGAGCACUCGAGCUGGAUUAGACUCCACAAGUUUGCGCUAGACCUCUCAUGAGUAAAUCAAAUGCACCUGAGAGUCAUCUGAACCUUUUUGUACAAAGGCCUUAACAUGGUCAACGUUAAAAAAAGCUGCUUAAAUUUCAGUAGUGACCUAAAAUAGUGUAGAGCCUUUAAUAUUUCUCCUUUAUUUUGCUUGUCAUAACUUUUGGGGAAGAAAAUCAAAAUCAUAAAACUUUCUGUUUCUGUUUACUUGCAAAUUUAAACAAAAACGUCUGAGAUUUUUAACGUGGUCUCAGACUUUUGGACGCCACUGUAUGUCAGGCUUCUGCUGAUUCUCAACAGUCUACUCUCUGUUUCUUACAUUAUAGUAAUGUCAUUGAGAUGGGAUUUACAAAUCAAGGAAUGAAUUUUGGGAAGAAAUCUAAAUGCUGGUGACUUCAGGUAACUUUGUUGCUGUUAUCCAAGUGUCCUUGACAUAUCAUCGUAAAUUAAGAAUUUACACUUUUUUAUAUAUUUCCAGUAACUUGUAAUUAAAAUCAUUGUGCUUUCUGAUGUAAUUUGUACUAUUCAAAUGACAGUAGGCCUUUUGAAGAAUCGGGCAUGUUUCAGGUGAAUCUGGGUUUUGUUUGUAUUUUGUAUCUUAACAUUUAAAAUAAAACCUUUCAGUAACAGUU